AUGGGUCGCCCGUUGAAAUUGCACGACCUUGAGUCUGAUCACGACAAACAGGGCGGUUCGUCCUCUUCUACCUGGCGUGACAAGACGAUCGUGUUCACUUGGAGCUUGUUUGGAUAUCUCUGUCUUAUUUUCACGGUCGUGGGAUUUUUCAAUCCCUCACUCCUUCCCGUGGACCCAAUGGCUUUGGUUUUUAAUAGGUAUUCGCCCUUCUAUGCAUUCUCGCGUGGAUCCGGCCAUUUCCCCAAGCCACAUGGCUUCAAGAUUGUUGCACUGGUUCCCUUCAACAACCACGAGCAUACCUCCAUUCUGGAGUGUUAUCUACAGAAAAACCUGAUUCACAACCAUGGUCUCCUCGACCAAGUCGUUUUUAUCCCGCAAACGAACGACCCUACCAGUCUGGAAUGGCUUAAUUCGCUGGUACAACAGACCUCCGAAUAUGCUAUCUCACCACAUGGUCAAGAUAUGGAUUGGAAGAUCACUCGCGACAAUGUGAUGUACAUUCGCAUCGACGGCGAUGUCGUCUACCUAGAGGACCAUACCAUCCCGACAAUUGUCAAAACCAAAAUGGAAAACCCCGACACACUGAUGGUUUCGGCCAAUGUCGUGAACGAGGGUGCCCUGGCUUCUCUCCACAGCCAUCCUGGAGUUGCCCUCCCCUAUUUGCCUGAGUUAUACCAUGUCGACCAGCCGUCCCGAUCCAAGUCGCAACUGAGUCAUGACUGGCGCAUGUCUAGCCUUCCAUCGUGGCGUGGACCAGCGAGUUUCAGAGUUCGUAAGGGAUUCAAGGCACCUUUUGAAGGCCACAGAUGGUUGCUUCCUCGCGAACCUGGUACGGAUCGAGAUCCUAUUGCUGGAUCAGUUUACACGGAGACCGGCCCGACACUGCGAGACUGGACCGUUGCUGCCCAGCAGCAUUAUUCCUUCUUGCAUCACCUCGAGCUAGAUGACUUGAACUUGUACAAGUUCCCCCUUUGGGUGAACCCUACUGAGCCCAUCACUACGAACUUCGGAUGCUUCUGGGGAAACGAUGUCGAGGCAUUACGCGACAUUUUCGAACACCGAUCCAGUGAGGACCUUUUCAAGGAAUGGACUAAUUUGAAUGGCUCUCGUCCGAAUGUGACUAUUGAUGGAAAAGGAGUUGCUACACACUAUUCUUCGCGUCAAGGGGCUGAAGGACUAGAUUCAACUGAUCUCUUGGACCGCUACCGGUCCUAUGCGCAGGAAAGAGUCUGCCGUCAGAAGUCACGACCCAAUGAAGACUGGGAAAACUAA